AUGUAGUGUUUGAAAUGACGACGAUUAACGUUGCUUUAGUGUGGAAUUGAAUGGUUUCAAUUGUAUUCCCUUGCGGCAAAAUCAUUCAUGAAUUGAUUUAUGUACCGCUUUUACACCGUCUCAGAACAAACACCAAACCGAAAGUUGAACAAAUGGAUGGAUGAGAUGCACACAAAAACCUACAGAAAUGGAAUAUUAACACAUGCAACCAACAUCAAGGAAUCAAGGAAUGGCUACUGCCACAACCAGGGCACAGGAACUCAUCACCUGUGACCUAAACUGUGUCAAGCCCGUCCAGCAAUUCUGUAACAGCUGCCAAGUCAGUCUGUGUGAAGACUGCAUCAACAAACAUGUCAAAAGCCUCAAGUUCAUGAAGCAUGACCUUGUUCCCUUCACAAAACGCACAGUCCAGCUGGUGUUCCCUCAGUGUACAUCUCAUUCCCACCAGAGAUGUGAGGGCCACUGUCAACAGUGUGAUGUCCCGGUCUGCAUCACAUGCCUCUUGGGUCCACAUCAAGGUCAUGAUGUUAAGGCUAUUACAGAUAUUAUUGCCAGAAGGAAAGAAGAUAUUGAAAAAGAAACAGAAGAAAUUGAAAGCAGUAUUAUUCCCAAGAACAAGUCCUGUGAUGCAGAUGUUGAAAAGAAAAUUUCCAAAUCCAAGGCCCACUACUCUGGAUUAGAAAAAGAAGCUAAAGAUAAAAGAAAGAAAUGGCACCUAGAAGUGGACGACAUCUUUGACAAGCUUGAAUCACUGAUCCAAUCACUCAGAGAUCAAGAAAUUACAAUUCUGAAGUCAUGCCAGUCCCAACUCAGAAGUCAAAAUUCCAGUAUGACCCAAAUUGUUCAAGAAAACAGAGAAAUCCUGAAGUCCAACAACGUAUCUGAUGUCAACCAUUACAAAUCCAAACUGACUGAAUUCAGAGCCAUUCCACAAGUACCUGAUGUAAUGUCACCCUCUCUCAAAACAAACACAGUCCAAGGGAGAGAACUCAGCCUAGAAUUAGGAGAAUACAGGGCCACACUGACACAGACAACACUAUCACUACCCAGUCUGACUGAUGAAGUCCUCUAUUUAUCUGUUAAGGAAUUAUUAAAAGAAGCCAAAAUGAUUGCAAACAUUCCAACAAAUGUCAAAGAGCUAAUUAGUGUAGCCUGUGUUGGAUCAGAUAAAGUUUGGAUUAAUAGAAUAGACAAUAUGAUAUACUGUGUUGACAUACAUGGAACUGUACAAGACACUGUCACCAGUACAUGUAAUCCGUACCCUAAUGACAUUACAGUGAACAGACAGGGAGAACUGAUUUACAGUGAUGGUGUGAAUAGAACUGUGAACAUUGUCAGACAAGGGAAGACAGAGACAUUGAUCACCACACCACGGGGCUGGAAACCAGAGGGACUGUGCUGUACCAGAUCAGGGGACAUCUUGGUCAGUAUGUUUACUACUGAUGAUAGUCAUUACAAAAUUGUCCGUUACCAGGGACAGAGAGUGAUACAAGAAAUAGAUAAAGAUGAACACAGCAAUCCAAUAUAUCAAAGAGGAAACUUUUCAGUAUAUGUGACAGAGAACAAGAAUGGUGACAUCGUGGCUUCUGAUCUUAAUGCCGACACCGUGGUAGUGGUGGACAGGAGAGGAAAAGUCCGAUUCCGAUACAACGACAAACCACCCGUGGUACAGGAAACAUUCAGUCCUGGACAUAUAGUGACCGACUCCAUGGGUCAUAUCAUUGUGACAGAUCUUAACAAUGCUUGUCUCCAUAUUCUAGAUCAGAAUGGACAAUUCAUUAAAUGUGUGGACAAUUGUAAAUUAGAUGAUGGGCCUAUUGGAUUGAGUGUGGACAAUGAGGGGAGGUUGUGGGUAGGGUUGUACAAAUCAGGAAAAGUCAAAGUGAUCCAGUACAUAAAAUAAAAACCCAGACAUUCACACUAAGUAUCAAGGGUUGAAGGAUACUUUUCGUAUCAUAAUUAUUCAUGAAGUCCAUGAAAGGUGAAGAUAACGAACAGUGAUCAAUGUCAUAACUCCUAUAAGGAAUGCAAAAUAGAGAGUUGGGUAAAUAUGAACCCCUGGACAUUCCAGAGGAAGGAUCAGGCGCCUAGAAGCAAUAAGCAUUCCUUGUAGACCGUUCACACCUGCUGUGAGUGUGAGCCCUUUAUCAUAAUCAGGUAAACGGAGUAAUCCUUGGUUAAAAUCAUUGUGUUAAGAAUUUACAAAAUGCUGACUUUAAAGGGAAAGGCAACUCAACAAAUGUUUACAUGAUAAAUUAUAUGAUUACUUGUAUGAUAAAAUUUUUUAUCAUGCUAUUCUGUUGAUAUAGGAUCUACCGGUAGAUAAGCUCCAGUACUAAUUUCAAAACGUUAAAAAUAGAAAUUCUCGCCAUCUAUAGUGGCUGCCAUGAUGCGGAACUCUUUUGUAUUCAAGACCACAACACUGUCUAUUCUGGUUUUGAUGAGAUCAUCAAAGAUGUGCAUGUGGUAGAUUUUACGAAUACAUUUUAAAUAGGUGGAUACCUUCCUGUCAUACAGUUAAUUACACUAAUGCAAAGGGGAGAUGUGAAAACAAUUUUUUCUCCGAAAUUUCUGACCCAACAAAGUUAUUUGAAAAAAGAAGAUACUAUGUAAACUGUGGAUCAUGAUCAUUUGCGUAAUGACAAGUUGAGGUUUGAGACAUUUACAUGUAAUCAGAAGAAACGAAUACCAUCUGCCUGGCCAUCGACUCAACUGAACGUCUUCUUUUCUUAAAUUCUUCUUGCGAAAGUGCGGGCUCAAAUCUAUACGGCUCCAAACUUAACUGUUCGUGACUUGUCAUGUUUACAGUGCUGCUGAUGAAAUAAAUCGGAACCAACGGUGUGACGUAAUAAAUUAAACUUCAAUGGCCUCUCUAAUAGCGGCGGGUAAUUUGAAAUAUAAGAUAGAUUAAUAUUGAUUUAAUUGUUAAACAAGGAUUUUUGUUGUUAAAGACUGUCAUUUACGAUAUCAGUAAGUAAUACUUUACUCAUAAAGGCAACAAUGUGGUUAGGGUUGCCUUUCCCUUUAAACUAGACUUUCGAAACCCUUAUAACAUCGACUUCUUUGUCAGCAACCUGCCUUGAGUUAAAAAAUGAUCAAACUCAGAACUAGCUCUUGAAUAUCGAAUCAGUUGAGAGAUGUAAACACCACAUGCAGGUGAUAAUGGAAUAUAGCUACAUAAAUAUGGGAAGUUGAUGAUGGAGAAGCUGAAGUCAUCCUGUUUGUCAUAAAGUUGAGUUGUUAAUUUAUGUUAACAUUUAUGUUCAAUAAAAUAUCAAAGUAUGAAAAAGAUGCGGAAGACUCGGUACCUGAAGUUCACUUGGAUAUACCGAAUUGACUUAUGAAUGAAAAUUACUAUUGUUAAUAGAUAAAACGUAGUCAAUAUAUCUAAAUGUUGAGUUGAAGGCCACACAACAAGAGAUUUUUCUUCUCAUGUAGAAGCUUUUGAAUAAAUUCUGCCUCAUAGGAAUAUAAUAUUAUGUCAGCUAAUAAAGGAGCACAAUUCCCAGAUGACUGAUUGGUCAUGUUUGAUUUCAAUUAA